AUGAUGUUGCUCGAUUUGGCCCUGCUCCUAUCGGCAGCCUCCCUGGCCACCGGCGCCAGUAUUCCCCGUCAAGAUCCAGAUAUCCUUAGUGCCCGUCAAGACUCAGGCGACCCAGGUCUCCAAGACAUUCCUACAACAGCCAAGCCCGACAACACAUUCAGUAACGGUGCUGCAAUGAUCGCUGGCUCGGGCACAACAAAUGAGACUCCGCCAGAGGUUUACGGCAACCGGACUAUUGACCUUCCCUUCGGUCGUCUUUACCAUGGCAACAUGAAGUUCUUCUCUGCGGGUCAAUUGAACACGCCGACAGGUGACACAGACGAGUGGUUACCUCAAGGGACCGACUCGGCGACUCAGAGUGCUUGCGGAAUACCUGAUAAUGCGUACUCGAUUAGCAAAGUCGCUAUACAUCCUUACUUCCUCAAAUACGUGGACCUCAGCCGCUACUGCAUGCAAGAUGUUUGCAUCUCGUUCUGGAAAGAAGAUGGCUCUUCAGACAUGAUGCUCAAAGUCACCGACAUCUGCUCCACCGACCCCAACGACCCAACCAGCUGCGCGACACCAGCAGACAUCAAGAUAGAUCGGACCAAGGCAAAAAUCAUGGAAAAGCUCGACAGCGCUCCAACGGGUGACGUCUACCCUGAGCAGAUAUGGUGGUUCUUCAUGAAAUGUUGGGACGAUGGCCUCGUUCAACCCGCCUACGCGGACAAUUGGUUCGCCACACCCGCCCUUCCCAACAACCUCGAAUGGGCUCAAGCAACUCAGCAUCAACAGUGGGUAAACAACCAGAUUUCCUAUCCGCAACAGAAUCCGCCGUUGCCACUUUACUUCAAUGGUGCGUAUGACACCGUCCGCGACAACACCACCUCGCCACCGAUUGAAGAUUUCGACCCGAACGAGACGUACAGCUGGACACCUAUCGCUGGUGGCAAAGGUUGGGGCAACCCGUCCGGCACAGCUAGCGGGACGAGUAACAGUAGCGAGGAAGUUGCUUCAGGCUCCUCUGCUGCAGCUAGCACUAGCACUCAAGGAAGCGGACAGGGCAGCGGCCAAGAUGGUGGAGUUACCUCUACGACCUCCGCCGCUGUUCCCGCACAGUCCAGCUCUUCCGGUACAGAAAACGGAUCCGAACAAGAUGACUGCGACGAAUUGUGA